AUGGAGUGGCAUGGGCAUGUCCCAUGGCCUGUCAGCCACUGGGCAAGUGACUUCGGAGAGAUUUUGUCGGGCAGACGGACUGAGAGCCAGAGAAAGAAAGAAAGAAAGAACAGGAUCAAGGCGCUGCUCAGAGUACCCAAGCAGAACUCAGUGUGGGGCCUGAUGGCUUGGCCCAGGCCCUCCCCAGAGCAAGCACGAUGGUGGGAAGAUCUCUCCCUGCCCCCACUCCAUGGACCCUGCCUCUGCAGCUGCAGACUGAGCUCAAAGAGGAGGCUCCACCCCCUGCCCCCCAUGACUUCCUGCCCCACCCCUAAAACCUUGCCCUCACUGGCAUCUAGAGAAGAAUCUAGCUUGCUAACAAAUCAGCCUAUGAUGGAGCCUCUAUCAGCGUCCAGAUUGAAGAUGACCAAAGCAGUUCCCAGACUUCGUCCCAAGGUCUCCCCUAAGAGAUCUACUAUGCCCAAGACAGGGCAACAGCAGACCCCAAUGUCAAUGUGGCCUCCGAUUAUUAUCAACCCUCAGUCCAAGAGCUCUGCUCUUAAGGGGCAACACACACCUUCUGACAAGGAGGUCACCCACACCCCAAGUGCCUGCGGCAAUCCUUUACCUCAUCUUCCUUCAAAAUAA